CAACUGACACUUUGUGCCAUUCAGUUUUGAGUAACAGCUACAAAUCAUUAAGAUCGGCGCACCUAAACGUGUAGGAUAAUAACGAAACUAUGAUGUCAAACAAGUCACUGGGCACCCACCAAAUACGUAGCAAGGAAAAUGACAUAUACACCGGAAGUGACCCGACGCAUGCGGCCAAUUGUGGGGCGGAACUCUCCAGAAUCCCUCUGCGGGGCGGAAGUACGCAAAGGUCUUCAGCUGGAGAAAACAAAUAAGGCUUCUCAGCGGCUGAGCAGAUCUGAAAUGGAUGAAUUGGUGCACGACUUGGCAUCGGCGCUGGAGCAGACCUCGGAACAGAACAAACUGGAGGAGUUAUGGGAAGAGAUGGUCCUGAGCCCGUUGCAGCAAAGAAGGCAAAUCCGCAGGCGGCGUGGCCGUAAGCGGCGCUGUGACUCUUCGCAUUCUCUGGAGCACGCACGAUGUUUCAGCGAGGCCUCGGAGUCGAGUUUGGAUGAAGCUGCCAAGGACUGUCGGGAAAAUGCAGCAGCGGCAGCAAACUUCAGCGACUCUGAUGACAUGGUCAUGGCAAAGAGACGCCCCUCCUUUUCUUCAUCACUCAAAAACAAGCAGCACUCUUGGCCAGAAUCGGACUCUUUCACAGAAAACACACCAGGCAGGCCCAUGAGGCGGAGGCGGAAGGUCAAACGAAUGACCUCAGAUGUGACAGUCAGCCUCCAACAAAAAUUAAAAGUGUCUGAGCUGGACAGUGAAAGGAGUGUCAACCAUAAAUCUGCCAAAAAGCAGCGCCUUUCCAAGUUAAAGAAGAGCACUUCCUGGAUAGCUGCCCACGAUGCCAUGAGUAAUAGCAGGUUCAUUAAUGAGGAGGGGUGGAAGGAGAAAAUGUUUGAAGGAGAAGAGCAGAAGGAGGCAUCUGAUGAGAAUAUGUCAGAAUGUGAAACCAGCAGCAUCUGUAGCAGUGACCCGGGACUUUUUACUAACGAUGAAGGAAGGCAAGGAGAUGAUGAACAAAGUGACUGGUUCUUUGAGGGUGAGUGUGGCUCAGGAAUUGGCGUCCCUAGUCUUUUUUCCAGUUGGGAGACAGACUCUCAACCAGAUGUUGAUAACAUCGAUUCAGGAAUGGAUAAGCUUUCCUCUCCAACAUUUCCUCAGCCCUCACGACCUGUCCAGAGAAGUUAUCAUGCUCGUUUGAAUCGCCUGCCCGGUGUGGCUUCUCGCUGUAUCAGGAAAGGCAGACGGAGACUCCCUGGCAAGGACAGUAAUUUUUCACCCAUGUCAGUUGAAAGAAUCAAUCACUUUUCGCAAGAUCCUUAUGAAAAAGAUUUCUGGUUAACUGGAAAAGGACACCAGGACAUGAAAAAGAGGCAGCACACUUGGGAAAAGCUUUUGUCAUCUAUCACCGUGGGGGAAGGCAGAGAACAGAGAAAUGAAAAGAGACUAAUGUAUAAUCCAUUGUCACCCUUGUAUCCAGUCGACAUGGUUUCAGAUGGAUCUCAUCGACGGUGUUCAUCUGCUCUUUGCAAAAACAGGCAAACAAGUGUACACUUGGGUUUACUCUGCACUGGAGAUAUCAAACGGAGGAGGAAGACUACAGGACAUCCUGGUUCUGCAGCAGCUUGCAUCUCUUUCAACGAGGAACAUUUAGGAGAGGCAGCCGAAGGAGCUACAAACUCCAAAUAUCCCUUAUCAGCAGAAUGUCCAGGACCGGCCGGAUCUUCAGCAUAUGAGAAGCCGGAUUUUAUCAAACCAGCCAACUUAUUUAAAAUGCCAAGGGAGCAGGGACACAUGUGAAGACCUCUCUCCAUUUCCAGCUUGCUUUCCCAUGAACUUGAAGGGAGGGUCUUUUGUGUUCAUUUGGUAUCAUUUUCUUUUAUGACCAAAAGCUCACUGGGGUGGGUUAAAUGAACUUUUUUUUAUCUGUUUUAACCAAGACAGAAAUGUCAAGCAGUUCACCAGAGUUCUGACUAAAUGAUUUUUUCUGUUUUAUGUUCAGUAAAACCUGAACAGGAUUUUUAACAGAUGGGCACACAGCUUAAUUUAUAUCUUUUAAUGAUUAUAUUGUAAUAAGCCAGUCCACUUACUAUCGAAUAUUCAAUGCUCUGAGAUUAGAGUACAAGUUCUAUUAAGAAGAAAUGUGAAAUGGUAUAAUUAGCAGAAUAAUCACCCUAAUGUUUCUUUUUACAUUUGUGUAGAAUUUUAAAUGAGUAUUGUAUCUUCAAAGCGAGCCCACCUAUAUACUAAAGAGGAAGCUAAUGCAUUCUUCUGUAAUCCCCAUGAUGGGACACAGCGCUUUCCCCUAAAUACAUAACGGGGCGUGCUUGUUUAGUAUUGUUUGACCACCAUUUUAUGUUGCGUUCAUUAGAAAAAUUGCUUUGUGCCGCUUUGCAGAUUUGUUGCUCCACAUUUCACAUUAACACAAUUGAAGGUGGCUUUGUCCCCCGAAUGUUGUGGUUUACCGAGUCAUUCAGCAGCACUUGUAGAUGUUUUUUCCUGUCACACCCCACCAGAAAGUAAUCUGUAUAAGAGGUUAGAUCUCCCUGUCGCCCCCACUCAGCACUCCACUCAUUGCUAGGAUGUAUUUACAAGUCUCUUUGCUAGAACAGUUAGCAUUUGCACAAUAAAAGCACUUUGUUUUUUCUGCCCUUGAGGAAUUAUCUAUCUACGAUUGAUAUUCAAAUACUGUUUGUAUUUCAAUAUCAGUUGUAAAAAGGCAUGAAUUGAAGAAAUGCUAAAUAUGCCAGGCCACCAUUAUUACAAGCUGCUAUUAUGAUAAUAGUCUGUUAGCUGGAGGAGAAAAUGUUUUUUAGGCGUAGGUUUGACUAGAUAUCAGUUUCAGUGUUUUAGCUGACCGUAAUCGUACGGGUCACAACGUUGUUUGACACAUUCACACUUUUGGCCUGACUUGAACAAUAUCUUAAAACCAAGUUCUUGCAGCCAGAGAUUUAACAGGCAACUUAGUGGAGUGGCGGUCAUUUUGAGUCACUUGGACAGAACUGUUUAGCGUUACAGAGCCUGGCAGAAAUGGCCAGAGCAGCAUUUUUAAGAGAUGGGCAUGCAGGUUCAUUUCUGACUUUAAAUGACCGUGUUGUAGUGAGACAUUCCAGAAAGAGUAAUGAGUCUAAAGUAUUCAUAGUGGGUGAGACAACUGUUUAAAAUGCAGUCGUGUGUGUGUGUGUGUGUGUGUGUGUGUGUGUGUGUGUGUAAGAGGUCAAAGUGCAUCCCGUGUUAAAUGUGGCAGCGCAGGUGAUCACUCUUAAUAUUCCUUCUAAUACUGGAGUUUCUGGUUCCCUCUGAAAACCCAAAUAAAUGAUUGUUGGCAGCUGCCAGCCUCCAUUUCCCUUAAACUGUUCUCAGUCAACACAGCGCCAUACAGUACUCAGAAGGGACCCGAGCCUCCAGCCGUGCUGGCCGUGAUCGGGGGGCUCUGGACUCUGGGUAAUAAUCUUCCUUUCAACAUCAGUAAGCACAGACGCUUUGUUAGGUGAAACUAAGGUCAGACCUUAGGGGCCAUUUCUCGUACAGUUAUCCUUGUGUAGGAUCAGCUUGAAUACUUUCAACCAUUUGUACGUUACGGGCACUCUUCACUUGCAGUUUUGUAAAGGCUUAUAUUUUAUUGCACCAGUUCAUGUAAGAAAUGCAUCUCUGUGCACCCUUGAGGACCCAGACAGUGACAGCUUUUUACGGAGCAGGCAUACAUCUACUGUAUGUGCCCAUCCCCUGCCCCCACCAGGUUUGGGGUAGCAUGUCCCACUCUAAUUAACAUUCACAUUGACGACACUGCCUGCAUAUUUUAGGGACUAAAUGUCCAAUCCCACCAAAGUAAUGAAAAUGUUCAGGACGUCUGAGCGUGUCAUGUGGGCGCUGUGAAUUGCCCUGUUACAGUUAAGAAAUCUUGCGGCCUGAUAAAACUCAUAUUUCAUUCCCUGUAAGGAUUACCUGUCACCAGGAAAAGAGAUGUAUUGAUCUGUUUUCCUUUUUAAAGCAGCAAUCACCUGGCAAAGGCACCUAGAGCAGUCUGACUGAAUGAUGCCCACACCAUAACCCACACAGUGUAGGUGCUGCCAGUGACCCCAGAGUGACAAAAAGAACGGCACGCCACCUUAAACUCAGUGUGAACCUGGGGGAGAGCAGCUUGGCUGCCCAGAGUGUUUCAAGGUCUGCUUCCUUAGUUUACAACAAGCUCGUGUUUGUUGUUCAUGUCAUUGGGGGGAUCAUUUGCCACUUUGAAGAGAGACUUUUCAUGCAGCCACCUAUACAGCUGCUGACAUUUCAGUUGAAAGGUAAUGUGUCAAAUUUAAAAUAAUUUUCUUCUGUGUUCACAUGUAGCAGACACUCUGCCUUGUAGCCCUCGAGGUCUCAGCGCAUGGAUUUUUUUGAACAAGUGCACCCCAUUUCAGUGACGCAGAAGGCUUUAUGGUCCCCUAAAUUCCUUACAUCCAUGGGCGCACAAAGGGUCUGCCGGAGUGUGAAACUCAAGAAUGGCGCACUUAGUGUGGAGUUUUAUGGCUCUCAGAGGUUUAUGGUUGGCUGCCUGUUUUAACCCCAGCAGAGGUUUAUAAAGCUCACUGUGACUUUACUCUCGCCUGAGUGUAUUUAAUGCCAGUGCUUAAUUUCUAUCUAUACUUUUACACAUAAAUAUUAGACUAAUUGAAACAGAUUAUAGUAAAGGACAAAAGCAGAUAAAACUCAUGUUUCAUUUGUUUGUGGGCAAAAAUUCUGCUUGCCUAAGUCUAUAUAGUUAAAAACAAAUUCUGUGAAGGAUAUCGCCAUAAAGUUUCAGCUGUCUGCUUUAACAGGUGUUGCUCUAAGCACCUUUUCCAAGUUUUUUAUUAACUUAAUUAACUCCUUUGCCCAUUUUUGUGUUUUUUUUAAAUUACCAUUCAGUGACACGCCAGCCACUGCAGCACAAUUACCCUGAUAACCUAACAACUGUCUUUGGAUUAUUAUGGUAAAGGUUGGAUUGUCCCUGCGUCAUCUUAUUUCUGUGUAAAAGUGUACAGGUUAGGUGGGCUCUUUAUUAUCCCAGAGGCACAUUUCUGUACCCAUUGCAGCGUUUUGUGUCCCAGCGUUAACGUGAUCUGAUCGACAAGUGGCACCUCAUAAUUUGUACUCUUUCAGGUGAGCCCAUUUCCUCAACAUUCACUGUCUUUACUGCACACAGCAUUAUGAAGCCUGGCACUUAGUGGCUGGUGAUGCCAUCUUCAUUAACCGUAACGCAUGCCAGUCUUCUGGGUUCUUUCCUUUUUCAUACCCACUUUAGCACAUUUAAUUGAAGGCUGCCAUUCGUGUCACAAGUGGUGUGAAGAUGAAGGAUCUGGUUUGGCCGCUGCAUUGCAUGGUGAUACUACUUUGUGUUUGUGCAUCUUGGCUACUUGUCACAUUCUGUUAGGCUUAAAGCUUGUGCUCGUAUAGCUCUGACAUUUUCCUGAAGAAUCUGUCUUCAAAUAAUUGUAAGCCAUCUGGAUCCUGAGGCUUUAGAGCAACAGCCUUAAACCUUUUUAAUCCUACCUCCUGCUGGGGGUGAGGGUUGUUGUAUGUUGGGGUCCUGUUUUCUUUUCAUUGCCAUGCACACCAGUCUUGUUGUAGGAGAGGCCUGCACACCUUCACAUAUUAUCGUGUACUGUGGGGUCUGCUGCAAAGAGGCCAUCUGCAUGCUGUCUGCUAAACAGUGGAUUGGUGGAUUUCUAAGUCACAAAUGGGCUUCUUCCCUUGUCAGCAAGGUUGCCAUCUGAUUGUGGACGGUCUCUUUUGAUCUGGCUGUGACCCUACUUAACAAACCUGUUUUUGUGACCGUUUCUGGUGGUGACACGUAAGGUUCCCAGUCGGGACCUGACCGCAGCCAUCAUUUAUUGAAUUGAUUAAGGCGCACCAUUCAAAAGACCCUUUGGGAGUCACACACCUUGUCCAGCAAAGAAAGAACAGUUAGAAGAGUGUGCUCAGUUGUCUGUAUUAUUUGUGUAAUUGGUACUCCUUUAGUGUUACGACUUGUAAGAUGGGCAGAAUAACACGUUUUACUAAAAGAUUUCUGACCAAAUAAUACAUCAUUAUUUUUUUACAUAUAUGUGUAAAAAUAAUAUAAAUUGAGUGACCACCACCAGAGGAUGAUCUUGAGGAACCCAAAGAGAGCCAAAGAAAUACAAUAAAAAGGUGUUAACAAAGUAAUCUUACAAAGAACAUCAGGAGUAUUAAAGGAGCAAAAGCAAAACCAAUAUGUUGCAUUGGGAUCGUCAGCCUCCCAGUGUUCUGUGUAGAAUGCUUUCAGGCUCUGGACAAACCCACCUCUCUCACGGCACGCAUGUCUGGCUGACCCCUGGCCUGUCUGCAGAGUGACCUGAAGUGGCUUUUAACUUAGUUCGGAGAGCUCCCUAUGGAGAACUUCUCUAAUUCCUGAAAAUGGCUGCCUUUAGAAGUCCCCAGGUGUCCCAGGUCCCCCAGACCUGGCAACACAAGGCCCCUGUCCAUUACAGGAGCCAUGAAAAAUUCAAGGGGCUCCCCUGUUGCCCCUGCAAGACUUGGGGAUCUUUGGUCCCAUAGGUUUGAGGUCCUCACUGCCCGACCCCCUGUUUGCCGGUCCCUUUCAGCACAUUCUAUAUAACUAUGGUGAACAGCACCCCCUGGUGGUCCAGUACUACAUUCAUUUUUAAAAGCCGCAUACUCUUCAAGUUUAAUUUUGUUCUUUUUACGUUUCCUGUAUAUAGUUUCCCAUUGUAAAGAGGCUUUCUUUUUUUUUUUUUUUAUUAUUUCUUUCUCGUUUCGGCGUGUUUGAGAUUUGUGUUAUUACUGGGUAGAGAAGGUUGGCAAUUAAUAUUGAAACCCUCGAUUCUCUGAUUAGCUUUGUGUUGCUGAAGGCAAUGUGCCCAGAGAUCACCUUCUGGCUGUUGGCAGGAGGGAAUCCUGACAUGAACUUCAGUCUGGUCCAGCAUUGCUCUUGACUGUGGAGGCAGUGAGCAGCAACCUGCUUCUGAAUUAAGAGAACAAUUGUGACGUACACAUUCUUACUGAAUAAUAUGUGAAGCCCACUGUUUUGUUGGAAACUUUACUUGAUGAAGGAAUUAUUUUGAAAUACCACCAGCAGUUCACUAGAAUGCUGGGAAAUAAACUCUUUCAAACAACUUGGCUGCCUGUGUAACUACAACCACAUUUUCUUUCUGAGAUCCUCCUAAUCCAAUUCCAGGUCUAUCCCAAGGCAGAACAAGUCCUUAUGCAGGGGACAUGUCUAGCAAAUGAAUUACAGCGAUACCUUGGAAUCCGAACUUAAUCCGCUCCAGAACCCCGUUCGAGUUCCAAGACAAUUUUUCCCCUUUAAAAUAAUAGAAACUGGAAUAAUCCGUUACUGGGUCCCACAAACUCGAAUUUUCAAAAUGAUUUUAACAGUAAAUACACUGGAUUUUAAGGUAAAAUAUUAACAACAAUAAUAAUAAUAUUUGAAUAAAAAUGUAAAUUAAUAAAAUUAAAAAUAUAAGAACAUGUAUUUACCUUAAAAAGGAAUAAUGAUGGCGCAUGUGGAAGCUGGAGGAAGAGGACAGAUUAUUGCUUGGAAGGCUUUUCUUUACUUUUAUUUUUCUCACCACACUUUUUAGGAGCCAAUGGCGAAUUAUUAUAUAAAACAAAUAACACAAAACAGGCACAAAAGCAUAAAAUUAGCAGCGAAAAUCACACAAGAUGUUUACACAACAGCUUCCGACAACGAACUGAACGACAAAGCAUAUGGGUGGUCCGAGAGCUGGGGAAACGUACGCACAAACACACACGGACAACGUGCUGGGCAUUCGGAUUCCAGGGCAAAAUUCGCUCCAAUUUUUUGUUCAGAUUCCAAGUUGUUCGAGUUCUGGGGCAUUCAGAUUCCGGGGGCAAUACUGUACAUGUAAAAAAAAAAAUCAAACUGCGUCAGACACUGGGAGUUAGUCGCCCCACUAGGCUAGCCUGUCACGGGUGUUUGGUUGACGAUUCUCUUCAAUGAGAAAAGGCCGUGUGUAGUGUGUCAGUGUCCGCCAUUCAGUCACCGCAGACAGCAUUAGAAAUGACAGUAUGUAGAGUUUACAAGAAGCAGAUUGCUGUUUUUGUUUUUUUUAAACUAGAAAUCGCCCGUUAGAUUUACUUUUCAUUUUUAAAGUGUUAUUGUUAGUAUGUGCUAAACUUUGACGCUUCAUUCACAUUUCACAAUCUGCACUUUAGUUUGUACUGAGUACCUUUACUUUGUCUUUCAGUAAAGUGAGAUUCCUCCUCCUUGACUGUCCCCACAAGGACUUGGCAGGCCUUAGCAGUCUUCUGGUCAGUGGACAGCAUGGCUGUGUCUCACAUGUCCGUGUACAGUGUAGGAAACAAUUCAAAAAGGGAAUUCAUUUGUAGCCCCCCAAAGGCGGCUGCUUGUACCCCUCCGUAAAACAUUCUACUGGAGGCGGCCGCUCAUCUGUCAUGGGCCCUGCUGGGUGUCAGUCUGAAUGCUGCCAGAGUGCCCGCUUUGUAAUUCUGGAGCACCCCUGGUGGUCCACACUGAAGCAGGCAUCUGGAUGUUUGUUUAAAGUUGAAAUUACACCUCAGGUUCAGUUUGAAUUUGUUUAUUCGAGCAUCAGAUUUAUUUGAGCGGUGGGCCCAUCGUCAGGGCCUUGAUUUAAAUUCCUCUGCAGUCAUCACUUAUUAUCAUUUCAUAGCUUUUAAACUGAAGCCCCUUUUUGGUCCACUUGGUGCUAAUAAAACUACUGCAACAUCUACAGAUUUUUCCCUUUCCAAGGCCCUGGGUGCUCAGUGCUCAUUUAUCAUAUUCAUUUUUUUAAUUGAGAUUUUAGGCAGCUAACUCAUGCAAUAUAAAAUUACCACAACUCGUAUUGUUGUCAUUAUUCUCAAUAAAGCAAGCAUGCUGCCUUACACGCUCCUGCAAGUUAAGUGUUUCCUACAAUUACAGCAGGCGCGGCGCGCUCAGCGUUGGAGGUGUGUACUGCACCGUGUGCAUUUGGGGGCUGCGAGAGGACAGCAUUUUGUGUUAAGCACCGUAUGCCGUAGUAAACGGGAGCAGGCGUACUUGUGAAAAACUGGACCUGUUUGUGAAGAUGAGGCACAACAUUUUUCCUUUUUACUGCUAACUGCAGUUGUCUUUUAACCUCGGCUUGAAGAGCCGUACACAGUUCUAGGUGUUUCAGACCACCAAACAAAACAACCCCUGUGUUUGACAGCACUUGAGCAGCUCGCUGUCACUCUUGGGAGUGGACUUGAUUAAAAUAGUAACACAAGAAAGAUGACGGCAGAUAACAAUAUGUCUACCUGACAAGAUGCCUUUACUAUAAUGAGCCGUCACAGGCUCUCUCAUAGCAUUCUCGCGCGUGACAGCCGCAGGUCCAGCAAGUCUGUACUCACUCUUGGCUCAACCCAGAGAGUGCAUUGCAAAUAACAGUCAGGUUUUAGGGUCUCUGAUUACUUAAAACGAUAUAUGAGAGGCCAAAGAAGGCAAUGUCAAAGUUAGUUUUUACCUCAUUGUCUUAGUUCACACUGUUAAGAAGUCGUGUCAUGUCAUUUCCUAACCGGCUUAAUCCAGACCAAGGGGCUGAUGGGGGAUAGGGUGUAAGGCAGAAACAAACCCUGGACAUGGUGCCAGUCCAUCGCAUGGUGAACUCUCACACACACACACACACACACACACACAAGGGGGCCCGUUUAACUAACCUGUACGUCUUUGUACAUUAGGAGGAAACCAGCAACCCACUGACAUGGGCAGAAAAUGCAAACUCCAUGCAAGCGAGGACUUGGGACACAAACCCCAGUCUCCUUACUACACCCUCAUUCCAGAAAUGGCUCCUUAUGUACAAUAAAUAAAUGAAGCCCACUCGGUGUACAUGUUGACACUGUGAGCGGGCAGUAACGGCUCUGUUCAACACCUUGAAUACCAUGCUGGCCAGGUGACUGUCCGAUUCUUGUUGGACAUGUUUUAGGAGGAGCUUGGCAUUGUUGGUAUGUCUGAGACAUGCGCUUGCUGCUGCUACUGCUGCUGUUCACUGCCAGAGGACGGUGUCUUUAUCAGAGGUACUUAGUUGUGUGCCAUGCGGCAGAUCUUCAUCCUCUUCGUGUAGCUGCACAUGUAAAUGACCUGAAACUGUUUUGUUAACACUUGGGAAGCAGCUGCCAUUAUUUAUUCGUUAUUGUAGCAAACUCUAAAGUGACUUACAAGGUGAACUACAAACAAAAGUACGAGCGAUCAGAAAGCACAAAGUCCUCCAACAGUGAAGUACAGUACAGAAGAGAAGGGUGUGGGAUGUAAGCAACAUCUUGCAUACUGUGGACGAGGAGGGUCUGGUUCAAAGUAGGAUAAGUGGCCAUGCAUACGUAAAGCUCUCCCCGUGAACGCCUUCGAUGUCUGUGAGGUGGACUCCUGUAGGAGUCCAUUGUGUCCCUUUGCAUUGUAUUACCAAAGUGCUCAACGUAAUCAGUAAUUUUAGCAUUUAGACUUGCAUAUCUAAAACGGAAAUGAGCAAACAUAACAGCUAACACAAGCUUUAUUUCACUUUCUUUCUUCCAAGGUUCACUUCUAGACAGUAAGUAGCUGUUUGGGAGGCUUUGGCAGAGAAGUCAUUGUGUUUUAGCAAACGCCUUGGCCACCAUCUUUAAGCUUACCUCACGUUGUUCUUCUUGGACUGUGACUUGACUGCAGCUUAAGAAAACAAUGGCCAUCACAGUGGGAAGGACCACUCUUCAGUCUCUCUAAUGAGUUCUUCUUAAUUUUUAUGUUGUGUUUGCACAGGUUUGUCAUUUUUUGGCCCACUUUUCCAAUGAAAGAGCCUUGGCCUGCACUGCAUGGUGGGCGUUAUCUCUGAAUAGAGUCGCAUUACUCAGAUAACACUGGGGGCAAGGCUGCAGCUGCUGGGGGGAUUUGGGCAAAUCUGGCCAUCUGGUUGUUUCUCCAAAACUCUGCCAGUUGAUUUUUGGCGUUUUUGAAUUCAUAUCUUCAAGAAUGCAGUAGCUGCUGUCGUCUUUAAGCAGACUUUGUCUUGUUCAGAUAACAUUUGCUUUGGAGUUCGGAAGAUUUGUGAUUUAUACCUAAAAAGUUUUGAUUCCAUAUUGCAGUGGCUAAUUCUGUGUGUUCUUUCCUUAGUGGCAUAGCACUUUAAAGUUUUGGGGACCUUCAGGGUGCUGCAGUUGAUGAACUCAAAAUAUCCACCAUGCCUAAAAAGUCGUAUUUUUUCCCCAGAGAAGCUGCAUUUGGUGGUUGAUUCUCAUCGCACGUGUAGCAUCAUAACUUCCCUUUCUUGCUUACUGAAAUCAUUGGGCUUUGCCUUGCAACUCUACAGCAUUUUCCUUUUGGUAAUCAUCUUGUCAUUUUUGUAGGUGACUUCAUAUAAUCAAUGAACGUUUCAGGUGGUGGUUUGUUCUGGUGGGCUUCAUUUGGACUUCUCUUAUGUUAAAUGUUCUCCAGUUAUUUAAAGUUUCAUUUAAAACUGGAUCAUGAAGUUCACGUGUUUUGGUAACGGCCUCAGCCUUGUCAUUGUCACUUCCCCAAGCCUGGUUAGAUGUUUAAAUGUUCAGGGCUUCUGUGCAGGUAUUGUAAGUCUCGGAUCUCUUUAUUUUGGCCUCCUUUAUCUGUGUGCAGCGCCCUGGCCUGGAAUCUGGACAGGCAUGUGGAGCUCAUUGCAGUUCCUAAUAAUCAAAUGGACUCCCCACGGCUCCUUGUGGUCAGUUGGUUGUACUUCUGUGCUAAGAUACGUAAAACACUAAACUUAACGCAUAUCGAUCACGUCAAAGCACUUGUCUUCUGCUCUGUCAUAUGCCGUUAAAUAAACAUUACGUUCAUGGACCGAAAACCAUUGCAUUUUACAACACUGACAUUUAGUGCACAAAUCUCCAUUGUGGGCAAAUCAUCUCAUUGUCUAUACAGUACCAAGCCUGAAGCACAUUUGGAGGGCCUUGUUGUGCAGAGAUGAACUGAUGAAUGGAGAGGCCUGGCAUGUGUCUUGCGUCAAACAUUUCAGCUCCUGAAGGGCAUAUCUUCAGAGAAAGGGCCACCUGCUUGUGGAAAUGCAACGCCACCCUGGGAUUGAGUAACUUCUGUGCCGGCUUGGGAGGAAGAUGGUGGAAUAUGGUGUUGUCCUCUCAGUAUUUCACUUGCAAUAUGGCUGUGGAUUCCAGGAUUACCACAAUUGCAUGGAUUUGCCUCCUGGGCAGCCACCAGAUUUGCCUCGGCCCGUUUUGGUCUUUCUUUUCUUUUUUGACUCAUCUCCUCAAUGGGACCGUUUCCUUGUUCUGAAUUUAAACUUCUCGCCAACGCAAGCACAGUAUGCUCCGUGUUGAAGACCUCAUGUUGUGCGCUUCCCUCUGACUUUGCCCCCGUUUCUUGAAGCUUGCGUCCCGCUGAUCUCCGAGUGACUAAUUCUGUUCUCAUGCCGUUGCCUGCGCAGUUUAAAUGUCUUUCAGGACUGUGCUGUUGUGCUCAGCCUGCCCACCCAGAACAAGCAGAGCAGUCCAGGAGCUCCAAGGAGUUUGUGGAUAAGAUUGGCGAAGGCAGAUGACGUAUGUCCUUUCAUGUUUUGGGUGAGGGCUUGAUACCUCUUAAUGUUUGAUACACAUUCAAGAAAAGAACAAUUAAAAAAGGCAAUGCUGUCCGAUUUUUCUGAAAAUAUUUGUUGUGUUUCUUUCUAGUAGCAAUUGUUUUGUAUGUGUCUUUUCCAUAUGAUGCUUCUGGUAUAACUGAAAAUUGUUUCCAAUGAGAUGCUAUCUUGUCAAUAAAUCUUCAAAAGCCA